UGCCCGGAGCGCGGGACUUGUCUGAAAGUCCGGCAUCCCGAUCGCCGCGGCCCGGCGUGCGGAGCGGCCAUGCUGACCCCCGCGUUCGAGCUCAGCCAGGACCCCGACUUCCUGACGGUGGCCAUCCGCGUGCCCUACGCCCGGGCCUCGGAGUUCGACGUGUACUUUGAGGGGGCGGACUUCAAGUUCUACGCCAAGCCCUACUUCCUGAGACUAACCCUUCCUGGAAGAGUUGUGGAGAAUGGAAGUGAGCAGGGAUCCUACGACGCAGAUAAAGGAAUUUUUACCAUUCGAUUACCCAAAGAAACUCCUGGCGAGCAUUUUGAGGGGCUGAACAUGCUGACUGCUCUUCUGGCACCCAGAAGACCCAGGACAGCCAGACCACUUGUGGAAGAAAUAGGUGCUUCUGAAGAAGUAGUAGAAGACGACGAUGGAGAGUUUGAUUGGGAAAUUGAGCAGACCCCCUAUGAAGAGGUACCAGAAAGCCCGCUGAGUCCGCAGUGCAGCUACGGGUUCGGGAACUCCCGGGCAGGAGUGGUUCRGCGGUUGCAGGAUGAGCUAAGUGACGUCAUUGACGUUAAGGAUCCAGAUUCUACCCCUGCGGCUGUGCGAAGGCAGAAGCGCCUGGCUGCCGAGCUGGCUAAAUUCGACCCUGAUCAUUAUCUAGCUGACUUCUUUGAAGACGAGGCAGUCGAACAGAUUUUGAAAUAUAAUCCUUGGUGGAAUGAUCCAUAUUCAGAAAUGAUGGCCUGUUUGGGGAAGAGUCGGCAGCCAGAAAGUCAUGCUGCGUUAGUGUCUUUUUCUGAAGAAGAGAAAUAUCAGCUACGGAAGUUUGUCAAUAAAUCUUUCCUGCUGGACAAGAGAGCUCGCCGGCAGGUGUGCUACGGUUUAAUUGACAUUCUUCUGGCGUAUUGCUACGAGACCCGGGUCACCGAGGGUGAGAGGAAUGUGGAGUCCUCUUGGAAUCUCAGGAAACUGAGUGCCACGCUGUGCUGGUUUGAGACUUGGAACGAUAUUCAUGAAAUCCUGGUGUCUUUUGGAAGGAGAGUUUUGUGCUACCCACUUUAUCGCCAUUUCAAGCUGGUGACAAAGGCCUACAGAGAUGUAAUAAAGAUCUUGCAGCUAGGUAAAAGUGCAGUUCUCAAGUGUCUACUGGAUAUUCACAAAAUAUUUCAGGAAAAUGACCCUGCUUACAUUCUGAACGACCUCUACAUCUCAGACUACUGUGUGUGGAUUCAGAAAGCCAAGUCCAAGAAGUUGUCUGCUCUUGCGGAAGCCCUGAGAGAAGUCCCCCUCACCAAGGGGCAGCUGGGGCUGGAGCUGGAGGAGCUGGAGGCUGCGGCCCUUCUCGUCCAGGAGGAAGAAGCUGCCGGAAACGCAGCCUGCUCGCCCAGCGAUUCCGGGGCGUCGGGAUCUUCCGACUCUGAAGACUCGGCCUCAGAGCAGGACGAGCGGGCAGAGCAGCAGCGUGCACCUGGGGCUUCUCUGCGGGGCCCCUUUCUGGAGAGCGGUGCCCCGCUUCCUGCUGGUGGCGAGGCCGGCCUGGGGUCCACCGUGGGUCAGGGGKCGCUGCUGGCCGCUCCCCAGGAGCCUGCAGGGCGCAGGCCUCUGAUCGAGGAGCUYGGCGACCAUCUGAGGACGACCCUGCAGAUUUCCACGUCUCAGGGAGCCGCURCAAGGAGCCACCGCAGGACGCAGGACGGAGACCGGCAGGCGACGCCGGGGACUGACUCGGGCCGGGCGCCUCUCCUGAGCUAGAACCCUCCGUGGGCUGCGUGGGCUUGGCACUUUUUCUUUGUACAUACAACAUUGUUCUUAAGUGAGCUGAUUUUUAUACAUAUUGGUCUCUUUGCUGCUUCUUG